AUGUUAGCCCCACAGAGUCCAACAAUGUCCGAAGAUCCCAAACCAGGAGAUUCGAACAGUAGACUCGCAGUACCUAUCCCAAUCAGGAAACACAACGCAGCCGUAACAAACUCUCACAAUGUCCGAAUUAGCUCGCCAUUAGCUUCGACUGGCUUUGCUUCCUUUACUCCGAAUACCUCCAUGAACAUCCACCAGCACCGAAGACCGUCUUACUCAUCAAUUGAGACAUCUAGAGAGUCACACUACAAUUUAGAUUACCCGCGUGAUGCGGCAGUACUCUCUCGAUUGCAGUUGGACCCCAAAUCACGGUUCUACGCCCGAGACAGACCCAGAACGUUGGAUUUGCCUGGAUUGUUACCGUAUGAGACAGAAAACCCUCAGGACAGGGCCAAGUUCUUGUCGCAUAUAGUGGCGCACUUGUAUAUUGCUGUUAAAAGUCUUGACCUACAAGGCUCGUUGUCCAUCACUGCAAAAGACCUUGCCUCGUUGAAAGAUGUGGCGGGACUUUCCGACAUUGAUUUGGCGCUCGAAACCAACUUGUUCGAGAUGAAUACAGCCAAGGAGACCAUGGAUGAUGACGAUCAGACCGAUUACUUUCCACAUGAGGACCUAGACGUCGAGGACGAUGACGAAGGCGAUGACGAAGGCGAUGACGACGAUGAUGAACAAGACGACGAUUCCGAGGGCGAGGAGGAUGGAGGAUAUGUCCAGGAUGAUGGCCAUGAAGAUUUUGAGUCGGGAGAGUCGACUGUUCAGCAUAAAAAGUCGCCAAAGUCUGCUGCGGUGGUAAGCGUGAGAAUAUGGACCCAAGAGCUUCUUGUAUGGCUCAAAAUGAAGUAUGAUAUGCCCUUGACAUUGCGAAUGUCACUUGCACGGGUAUACUUUGCUAUCUGCUGCUGCAGGGGCCAGCAAUUGAACUUGCGAAUCUAUGUCAAGGCUUUUGAGCUUUUGACCAAAAACGUACAUCUUCUAACACUGAAUGGCUUUACGCUUCCCUGGAAUCCCAUCUAUUUGGAGCUCACUUGCCACUUCUCUUCAGUGGACUCUACCUUUGAACCAGUGGAGAAGAUGGACUUGAACAUUUUGCUUCGAUUGGCAGAGAGAGCGUCCAACUUUUUCCCUGCCGAGGGAUUGCCAGUAAUAUUCCGUCAUUUGAGUUCUCGCUUCUCCAUAGUCAAUGCCUCAUUGGUCUUGUCCUCAUUGUCAAUGCUCCCUUUGACUUUUAACGCAGACUACGGAUUUGGACACUCGGAUGAUACCCUCGACGUUCGUCACUAUAUUCCUUCUCUUUUCUACAUGUGGAAUAAACUCAGCAGGAGCGCAGGUAUUGAAUCUCAUCUCACAGGCCACUUGGGCUCGAUUUCCAUGAUGUUCUUGACGUAUCUUUCAAAGAAUCCACUGGCCAAGGAGUCUUUCGGAAAGUUUGGUGUGUUUUCCGAAGAGCGCUUUAAAUACCUCAUCAACACGCUCUUGAACAGCUUGAGUAUUAACAUCGAGAAGUUCGCUUCCAUGAAAACAAAGUUUUUCCAUGGCUUCUCCAGCGCUAUCGUUUUCUCCAUCAACGGAAACCAGAGUUUGCUCAAGGACGGUAUUUUGGACCACCUUGAUACCAUCCUCAAUGCCAUUAAAAGUUAUGUUCAUCCUUCCAACAGCGGAGAAUGGUCCAGGCCUAUAUCAAAAUUUGUUCUCAGCGCAACUUAUCAAUUCCAUAAAAGAUACAAUAUGGAGAGAGAACCCACUGGUGUUUUGCAUCAAUUGGACGAGGAGCACAAAAUUUCAGAUGAGGUUCGUGACAGAUUUGUCGAGUCUAUGUUACCUGUGGUGAGAACUGGUCUUCAAUCGAAGAGAAGUAGUGCUGGUGAGGAUUACAUCGCAAGUUUGGGCUUGUUAGCAUACCUCAAUUCCAAUUUGACUUUGGGUUAUAUUUUACUAGACAUUUAUGAGUCCUUGGAAGGUGUCAUAUCAACACAUAGAGUGGUGACUGCAUUGAGGUGUAUUGAGGAGUUGGCUCGUUACUUUGCGUCUACACCAGGCUUUAGAGUCCAUCUUGUCCGCAUUCUUACGAUGGCACUUCCAGGAAUUGACUCAAAUGACUUGAGCAAAACCAUGCACACAUUGAACGCAUUUUCAGCGGUGGCAAAUUUCGUUCCAAUAGCUGACUUGACGAAUGGUGAAUUGGAUGCUGGACUCGCAAUGGAAUUCACAAAUAUGCAGUUGGAGCAGCUCGAGUCUCAGAUUUUCAGUGGACCAUCAGUGUCCCAGAGUGUAUGGUCAAUUGAUCAAGAACUUGAAGUUCGUGCAUUGAAGUCAUCCACCUCGGCUUUCAAAUUGCUUAUGAAAUCUUUUGCAGAGAGAAUAUUCACACUUCUAGAAAACAUCCCUGAUCCAUCAAAGAGUAACGGCAUUGAAAAAGAUCUCUGUGAUGUUCUUCCUAAGUUCGUUUACCUCAUUAUUGAGGCCAUGUCAGAUGAUAUUUUCAAGUCAUUUCGAGAUGAGGUUACCAACUUUAUUUUAGAUCAUACUAUUCACGCGAUUGCAGAUGUCAUCGCAGAAAUUUGUGGUGGUUUGAUCAGAAGAGAUCCACCAUUCUUUAAAAGAUUCGGACCACUUCUCAUUGACAGAAUUAAAGAAGAUGUGUUGGAAAAUGGAGCAGGACAGGCAAGAACGGGAAUUGAUAUUGUUCCACGCGACCAAAAUAUGUUUUGGAAUCUCGUAAUUCUCAAUGAGUGUAUUGGAAAUGCUGGAUCUGUUAUUGUUGAUAUGGGAGAAGAAUUGAACGAUCUUUCUUUCUUCCUCAUGGACAAUGUGAAGGGCCCUACCGUCUUUGCAAGUACUUACUUGCUAAAUCAAAUGCUUCAAGGUACGACGAAAAUUAGACUAGCAGAAACUAGGCUCAUUAGUCCACAGUUUACAGAAAAGCAUGAAGUGGAUGAGAAAUGUUGGGGUGGUUUCCAAUUCGACGAGUAUAGAUUUUCACAAGAGAAUCUUACUUUCCAAUGGUUUAUUCCAACCGACCGUGAGAUUGAGUUUGCAGUUGCAACCUUCAAACAUCAUACAUCGAAAGCAUUAUCAAACAUUCUGAAUGUGAUGAAGAAAAUUUCAGGUUCAAAAGACAACAUUUCACUUGAACUCUCAGAUGAACUCAGAGUGAACUUUUUGUACUUGGCUUAUGGUAUGAGUGGAAUAUCAUACUUGUUCGAUCCCUCAUUUGAUGAGGAUAUUCCAAAGUUGAGCGACCACAAGUUUGAGUCUAUUCAGCACCGCCUUCUUCUUCUUGCUCAAAUUCGGGAUAUGAAGUCUUCCAAGUUUGCCGACAAGGAUUAUGGUGAAACGGACAACAUUUACGAGAAUCUUCAGCAAAUUGCGGAUAAUAUUGAAAGCAAUGAUGCAAUUGAUUUCAAUGUUGAUUCAGAGAAGAUUGACCGUGAAGAAGGUUUUGAAUAUCUAAGCAAGAAGAAUGAAUCGAUGGAAAGCUUAGAUGAUAGUGAUGGAUCGAAGUACAAGCGCACCGAAAUGAAUUCCUUAAGCAAGUCAGAGUCACCAACUAUGGAUGAAUCUGACAGGGCAACGCCAUGUUUAGCAGGUGUUGAGAUGUCAACAAUGAACCCUGCCAUUACAUUCAGAGAAAGAAAGCUUUACACCAGCAGAUACUUUUUUGGAGACGACAUUGAGGGUCGUAGAUCGAACGAGCUUUAUCUUCAGAUUCACAGAACCAGGCACUUAAUUGGUAAAAGUUUGCACAUCAUUUCCAAAUUUAUGAUGGUUCAUUUGAGUGACAAUACCAAGCUAUUCAAGCAUCUACUUUACAUUCUUAACAUAUGGUUUGCUGAUGUCGGUCGUGAAAGAAUUUUGGACCAGACACACGCAAAGAUUUCGUCCAGUUAUGUGAAUGAGAUCCAACAAAUUAACCGAGUGAGAAAGCCUUUUACAAGAGUUCUGUUGGGAUGCAGAAUCGAAUCCUACCACCUGUUAAGAGUUGCUCUUCAUGCAACCUCAAGGAAUAUGACAGACUUAGAUAAAUUCCUAAUUGAGGACUUAGUGAAGUUAUCUUGCUCGAAUUACACUGCCAUUGCGGAUCCAGCACAAAGUACAUUGAUCGAUGCUAUGAAGAGAGUGAAUGGUUCGUACUACGUAAUUGUGAGAACUGCAUUCCGUCUGAUAUCUAAGGCAAUUCAAGAAAACAAUCAUAAAAACAUUGAAAGUGGUUUAAGCAUUUUUGAUUUGAAAAAAGUGAAAGUGAAGAUGCAAAACGAUUAUCUCAACAUUCAGAAGUUUGUUGAGAUCCUCCAUAAGUGUCUUAAUGUUGACAACAAAGACGUUAAUGAACUUGCACAGGAUCUUUUCAAGAACUUGAUUGGGACUAUUAGCGCUCCCAGCAAGAACUGUUUGAUUGACCAUGCUUUGGUCGAUUCGAUUAGACCUCCAGAUGAAUUUAUUGACUUGGAGAUAAAGGCAGUGUCUCUUGCGAAAGAGAAGAAACGGAAGAUUUACCUCGACAAACUUGACAAGUUAGAAGAUUCUGUGGUCGUUAUUGAAAAGCAUAACACUCACUGGAAGACAACAACUCUCAACAUUAAAUUCUUGGUUGAUUUGCAAACGGAUUAUAAUAGACCAUGCAGCAAUGAUGUUUUCCAAUUAUUGACCAAAUCUGCGUCCUUUGACCACCCACUUGUCUCUAGACUUGCAAUCAAAGGAAUCACAAAGAUAUUGAAAAAGUUCUACGUCUUAAGUGCCUAUGAAUAUGACCUUUCCAAGAUUUUGGACUUGGAAUACGUUGUCAAGGAUCUUAAGGUUAUCGAUACAGAACCUCAUGGUGGAGAGUCGUAUUAUCACACAUGGAGAAAGGAACUCAAGAAUGUUGAUCACCCGAAUUAUUUCAUUGACCACAGGGUCGAAUCUGGAUGGCUCUUCUGGGACAAAACCAUGAGAGCAGUGACAAGUGAACCGUGCUUCAAACUCACAUUGAAUGAAAGGGACGAGUCAAUUGUAAGAGGGUUUUCCAAGUGUGUAAAUAAAGAAUGGUUGAAAAACAUCGUUAACUUGUGGAUUGCAGACAAUGAAGCAAAUUCAGCCUUCCAAGGUACUGAUGUCUACAUGAUCGAAUCGCUCGUAUUAUUGUUAUCCAAUGGGUGGAUAGAAAACAUGCUGUUCCAGGAUUUAUUAGAUAUCAUUGGCGAUGUCUACGAGAGAACUGAGAAAAGUACUCAUAUUGUCUCUUGUGAAAUGAUUGCGGGUAUUCUUAUGGGAGCUAAGGUUUUCAACACGGAGAUGGUGGACACCAGAGACGAGUUUCUUUGCAAAUUUUUGAAGAAUUUGUUAGAGAACGAUUUGACCCCGGAGACUAAAAACGUAUGGACCAUCUUCUCGUGGUGGAUCCCUUCAGAUGUUGAUAUCAGAAGAUUCCCCAAGGUGACUGAUGUUCUCCUCAAUGUUACGAUUAAUGAAGAUUCUGAUUCUGCUUUGAAUGGAGCUACAAGAAUCAGCUACAUCAGAUCACUUGUGGCCGCGAUUCCUUGGUCUUUCCCGGAUCCAGAAUCUGUUUUGGAUUUGUGUUUUUCAAACAUUGCCAAUAGAUAUCAGGCUAUUCGUGAGCAGAUUGGUGCAUUACUUGCAAUUACAACGUUUUCAUUUUAUGGAGACUCUUUCGCAACCUGCGACGAAUUCGUUCAUGCUAGUCACCAUGAAGGCUUUCAGCUUUACAAAAGGAGCAUGCAUGCACUGUUGUUUGGGCGUCUUACAAAAUUGUUCGAGACCGUAGAGCAAUCAAGAAAGGAAGUUGAGCAUUUGUCCGCUCAGGAAAUUCUCAAGUCGAGGUACAUUUACGCGGCAACUACUACAUUAUGCUGGUUGAAACAAGCUUUGAACACAAGUAUAUCCAUUCAGUUUCAAGGACUUGUCGUCCCUCAUAUUGUACCUUACUUGCUAAACUUGGUCGCAAUGAAGGAUGUUUGCCAGUUGGGUGGCAUUGAUCCGCUCAAGGCAUUCAAGAAGGUUUCCCAGAUGCCUUAUGAUGCAGAAAAUCUUGAAAAUGUGGUUGCCAUGCUUGAAAAAUACAGCAAAUCGAGUCUCAAUGUCGUUCAAUCAUUUAUUCUUGGUGAAUUCACUGAAACUAUCUACUUCAAAAAUUUGUUUGCAUUGACAACAGAUCAGAAACUGAGAAUUUUGAACCUAACAAGUUCUGCGCUAUAUCAGAAAAAUUUGGAAUUUAGAGAGGCUUCGGCCACUACAUUUUCUGGCUUGAUUCACACUUCACCUCCAGCAGAUGUAGAGAGAAUUGUGAACGAAUACAAGAGCAAAUUCUCUCGUGAGUUGGAUCAGAUCAGAAAGAAAUACAGAAAAGUGGGUUUCAAAAACAUGGCUCAAGAGGACAUCAUUAUUUUGCAUGGUGCUACUCUUGGUCUCGGAGCAUUGGUUCAUGCCUUCUCGUUCCUGUCACCUCCGCCAAAGUGGAUUCCAGAGAUCUUGACCAUUUUGUCCAACAAAGCAUCAGGCAUACCUGGUAUUGUUGGAAGGUCUGCCAAAGAGACACUUGGAAAGUUCAAGAAGACACGACAGGACACAUGGCAUAUAGAUAGCAAGGUCUUUAACGAGUCCCAGGCACAUGAUCUCGAAGGCGUCUUGUGGAAGAGCUACUUUAUCUAA